AUGCCCUUCGAUCCCCUAUCCGGGCUGUCCGUCCUUGGUGUAGCCAAGGCUGCAGUCAUUCCUCUCAAACUGGCUUGUGCUGGAGGUGCUUCUAGUGGUACCCAUGCUGUCCCUGUAGUAGCUGCUGCUACCCACCUCCUUGAGCCCUCUAGCCUCGCUGUAAAGGCAUCAGCCAUGCUGGGUAGCAAGACAGGAGCAGCAGCAGCUACUGGCACUGUGGCUCCCCAAGGUCAAUCCAUCAUCGACUCGGGGCAGGAUCAUCCCUUCUGGUGGCGAGUCACCCAUGAGGUCCGCUAA